AUGCUAAGUCAACUGAUCCUGAUCAACUGCAUGUCUCGCUGCUUGUCACAUACAGUCCAAAUGUUUGUUGCUUCACUUCUCACGCUUGUAUGCGUUGAUAGGCAGCAUUUUCAGCAAGCAGGUUAUUGUUUUGUUGAAUUUGCUGAUCGCGACACGGCUCGCCGUGCAAUGUUGCAUAUCAAUGGUAAAACGAUACCAAAAUCAAAACCGACCGCAGCCUUCAAUCUUUCAUUCGCGAAUUCGCCAACUGCACCAUUUUUGGUGAACGUUACGAAUCAUGCCGUGGUGCAAAGGUGUAUCGGAACACGGAUGGAACUUCGAAGGCUUGAAAUGAAUAAAUAUCGUGUUGGCGGUAAGCAGUUGUUAUUGAAAUUAGCACAGCCAAAGUAUCGUGCCCCAAAAACACCGCGCUAUUUGCAACAGCAGCAGGCUCCUGCCUGUGAGACAAUGGGUUACUAUGCAAGCACUCAGGACAAUCGGGCAGUGGCGCAAGUGGCCCCGCCGGUAUCAUCAUCUUCGUAUUAUCAGUACAGCGCAACUCCCGUAACAAGCAGUCAGUCCAGUCCAUAUGCAGCACAACAGUACGGCUCAACAGCAGAUUCACGAGCGACACAGAAUAAUUAUGAGCAAUGUUAUCGGAAAGUUGUCGGAGGUGCGGUUGUAUCCUGUGAAGCGAACGGUGUCGAACCAGUGAGCGAUGAAACGGCGGAUGAGAACAAUGAAAAAGUGCUGGACAACAGUGAAGAAUUCUACGAAGCACUGGAACAGAGUCGAUGGAGUAAAGUGGUUUUCAGCGCUGAUAUGCAUGAAAAUGAUCUGUUAAAGGCCCUUUCUUAG